UCGAUGGUUCUCACAUUUUCAACAUUUAUUAUUUCUACACCCUUCUCCGCAGCCGGCAGCUCCUUCAUUGUUUACCAAAAGGAGCAGGAGAACAGCCAGCGUUCUUCAACCCCUGGCGCACGCUAGAGCCUCCCGGCGCAGGAACUAAGAGCUUUACUUAUCAAAGGAACUAAGAGCUUGUUGCAGAAAGCAUGGCCAAGCAUCACCCAGAUUUGAUUAUGUGCCGGAAACAGCCAGGAAUUGCCAUUGGACGACUUUGUGAGAAAUGUGAUGGGAAGUGUGUAAUCUGCGACUCCUAUGUGCGCCCUUGCACACUCGUGCGAGUAUGUGAUGAAUGCAACUAUGGAUCCUUUCAGGGUCGGUGUGUUAUCUGUGGAGGAGUGGGAAUUUCUGAUGCCUACUAUUGCAAAGAGUGUACACAGCAGGAGAAAGAUAGGGAUGGAUGCCCCAAAAUUGUUAAUUUGGGGAGUGCCAAAACAGAUCUAUUCUAUGAACGUAAGAAAUAUGGUUUUAAGAAAAGAUGAUGACCAUUGGAUAGACAUGUCCGGUGCUUAUAAACUGCAUUUUUCUACUUGUGAUGACGAAUCUUGAUAUUUUGGAGCAGUUAGAUGAUGAGCAUGCUAUAAACAUCUAUGCUGCUGUUAUGUACUUAAAUUAUUGAUGAAGAUUCAGAUUUUGGAAUGAUGGAACUCUGUUAAGGUCUUGUGUUUAUGUUUGUUGACAUUUCCGAGUUCUCAUUUUCAGAACUUUUCAGUUUUUAUUUCGUGUAAGCAAAAUAUUGGUCAAGGAACCAACUAAACUCGAUCAUCGUAGAAGAAUACUGACUUUAAGCAUAUAUAUGAGUCUCUCGUUUUAGCGUA